AUGGAUAUUACUGUCGAUCCCGAAGAGUGCGAAGUGACAUUCGGGCUCGAUCUUGUAUUGCCUGCGCGAGAGGAAAGGCGCGUUGUGAUAAUAAGCGGGCCGAAUGCUCGAGGUGCGAAGCCAAAGGCAUUAGAUAUCGAAUGCUCGCAGCAGGUCCCUUCGUCGGUGGCAGAUGUUCCCGGGGCUGGAAACACUCUAGAAGCGAGCAACGGUGGUGAUGUACCUCUCGAUGGAGCCAUAGCACUCACAGACCCCGAAUUCGCAGUUCUUGGAGGGAGAUAUGGUAAUGACAUCAUAUCAUACCUUGAUUUCAGCGAUCUCCUAACUGCACAUGUGGAUGACGAGAACGUUCAGUAUACUCCAUCAGGGUCGUCAUCUUACAUCUAUCAUUCGACAUCGUCGACCCAUGAAACAGUUCAAGUACAACAACCCCUAUCUUAUCCUAAGCCUUCCAUCCCGCCUGUACCAACUCAAGCUAUCCGAUCGCUUGUCAAGCGCCCAAACAUGGGAACCGGGACACACAGGGUAGCAAAGCUGAUACUCCACAAUCUAAAAUCUUAUUCCCAAAUGAUGCUAGCCCACAACAUGUUUCCACCAUUUAUCCACCCAGCUAUGGUAUCUUCCGAUAUCUGUAACCCCGAUUUCGAACCACUCGCCAAUUGCAUCGAUCUGGUGCAUAUGAUCGGUAGCGGGAUCCAAGCGAGUCGAAGGUUGUUCUGGAAGAACGUACGGAUGGAAUGUGAACGGUUUUGCGACGAGCACCUGAAGUUAAACAAGUGGGAACUGCUGGCUGCCAUGCAAGCCCUCUCUAUUUAUAUCAUCAUUCGAUUAGACGAAGGCGAGACGGAGUACAAUAACUUUGAUUUACUGUUGCUUAAGACGAUCACAGCAUUGUCUAAGCAGCUCAGCGGCAGUGAGCUUACAAAGAAUGUAACAUUUGCGCUACACAACUCCGAUCCUAACAACAGCUGGAAGGAAUGGACCUUUGAGGAGUCAAGGCGAAGAUUAUGCGUAAUUUAUCGUGUCGUGAAUAUGCUAGUUUACUUUGAACCCGCAGCAAUGUGUGGUUUGCAGACGGACCUUAUUAUAGCACCCCUUCCAGCAAAGAAGCAGCUGUGGGAGGCAGGAAACGAGCUUGUAUGGAAGGCAGAAAGUGAAAAAGAACCUGGGAUCCAGACUCCGUUUGGGCUGGCUGCCAACGGUGAUCUAGUCAAACUCGGGAAGCCAUUUGCUACCAGAGGCUCGGCAAAUUGGGAGGAGUGGUGCUCGGGAAUGGAUGGCUUGGGCGGGCUUAUAAUGCUUGCUGCUUCUUUGAUAGGGUAG